UGCUUUUAGAGGUUAUGUCACGUUUAAAUGUUGAUUUUUGCGGAAAAUGAAUGUUAUAAAAUAAUUAAUUGUUAAAGUUGAAUUAUUUUCAUUUAGAGCAAUCAUGAAAAAUAAAUCGCUUCGCCACAAGGACUACAAUACGUUCAAGUUCUUGCCCUUUUUGGAGAGAAUAAAUAACAUAAAUGUAGACGUAUUUCACAAAGUCCAACAUGAAUACACUGCAGACGAUGAGGAUAAUGAAACCUUCUUUUACCAAACAUUGGGAAAAUGGGACGUUUUAAAUUUGAGCACGAGUUACGAGCUGUUUCAAAAGGACAUCCGAUCGCUUAAAUACACUACACUCCCACAGCUCUUAUUAAUUAAGGAUAAAAUAAUUAGUAUUUUAUUACAACAUGUGAAGAAAGGCGAUCCAUUAUCAUUACAACCUUUAUUAGAAUUAAUAGUAGCACUGGCGAAAGACUUGCAGAAGGAGUUUUACAAUUACUUCUUAGAAAUAAUAGAAAUUUUAAUUGGUUUGUUGAACACAAAAGAUACGGAGCAGCUCGAAUGGGUGUUCACCUGCUUGGCAUAUCUCUUCAAGUUUCUGUGGAGGUUCCUAGUCAAAGACAUAAAUUCCAUAUUCUUGUAUCUUCUACCGCUGCUCUCGGAAAACAAACCGGAGUAUAUCAACAACUUCGCAGCUGAAAGUUUCGCUUUUGUGGCGCGAAAGGUCAAAGAUAAAAGGUCCUUCCUGAAUGUUCUUCUGAAAGCUGUGAGCAGCCAUCCUGAUGGUACAACGGGUUGCGGGAAACUUUUAUUUAAAGUAUUGUACGGCAUCGAAGGCCAGUUCCACAGUUGCGCUGAGACCCUCCUGCCUUUUCUGCUCGAAUCCCUGCUGGAGGAACGGCAAGAAAAAAGUGUCCUGUUCGAAAUCCUGGAAGUAAUCGUUUCGAAUAUCGUAGUACAAAUUCACCCACAAAAGGGAGACCUACUUUGGACAACUUACAUAAACAUCCUAUCGAACUUGACCAAAAAGAUUACUACACAUCCGCAAGAUGGCGUCGUGCAUAAUACUAAUUAUAUUUUAAAAUUGGUGGGACACACUGUGGAGCAUAAGCAAGGGAAAUUUUUAUUGAAACCAGCGGAGUUGGUGGUAGUUUUGAUGGAGAUAUUGGCGAGUUUUAACGAGCACGAGGAAACUCUGCUUGUGAUUUCUCAGAUUAGUAUUUUGCUUCUUUCAUCGAAGCACGUCAAAAUGUCCCAAGAGCAAGCCUCCGGAAUUACCAGGAAAUUGCUGAACGUUUCGUAUAGGAAGAUAUUUUUGUAUUUCGUGGAUAACAUUCAAAAUGUCGCAUCGUUCGAGGCGAUGGUAUUGCCGGCUUUUUUGAGAUUUUGCGUUAAAAACCAACUAGACACGGAGUGCUUUCGAUUAUUAGCAAAAAUAAUUAUUAAUAAAAGCCCGCCUUGUAUCAACGGAAUUAGUUUGACCAAUUGGGCGAAAUACAGCGUAGAUUUUAAAGACGGAAAUAAAUCUAUUUUAGAAAUAAUAACUAGAAAUAUAAAAGAGGACAAUUCGAAGUUAGUGGAGGCUUUCAACGAAUUCUACUUGUCUUUAAUCUGCUUGCCACAUUUAUGUGCUAGUAUCGAUGAAGAAUUAGUUACGGUAUUGGAAGAAAAAAUACAAUUCUUCACUCGCUGCUUGAAGGAGAACAGCAAGGAAUCAAAAAAAUAUUUAUUCCUAUUAAACAUUACUUUAGAAUGUUUGAUACAUCUGAAAUACGAUACGAAGAGACUAUUCGAGCUCACAACAAACCAAAAUGUUUUUGAUGCAUUGCUACAAUUUACAUCAAACCCCGAAAACAUUAGUAGUAUACAUACUAUAAGCUUGAUUAUAUCCUAUUUGAAGCAAGACGAGCAGUAUUUAUCCAUGGAUUUAUUGACUAGUAUUCAUGCGGUAAUGGAGAAGAAUUUCAACUCGCCUUUUAGAGAGGUUCGACUGUUAACAGCCCACAUCUACGCCGCCUUCGAGCAUCUACCCGACUUCCAAUUGAAACACUCAUCCGAUCCGGAAGUGCCCGUAGAACCAUGGAAAGUAUUUUCCUUGAUAUACAAAACCGAGUCGAUAGAAUCGAACGUGAGCACGUACAGAGACCAACUCCAGUACUUGGAGAAACUGGAUUUCGAAAAAUCGCAAAUGUCCAUGUGCAAACAAACCGCCUUUAAAACGGUACCGCUCAGAUACCUCUGUGGUACUUUGUACAUCAACUUUCAAUUGAUAUGGGAACCCGUGAUUAAAAUCGUAGCUUCGCAUGCUGCUGGGUUGGAUAUUAAUACAUUUUGGAGCGUGUUCGGGGAAGAAUUAAAAUUAGUACCGAAUAGCGUAUCACUACCUAAAAAUCAUGUAGUGAAUGGUACAGAAGGGGAUAGUUUGGAUAGUAUUUCGCGGAAAUUACACGAGUUGACAUCGAAACCGGAUUUCGUAAACCACAGGAUUCUACUUUGGAAAGCCCUGGAGUCUUUUGCUCAUAUCGCAGAGGCCAAAACGAGGGAUGUUUCGGAGUUAAUGUUGUCUUUUAUGUCGAAUGAGUAUGUUAUUGGUACUUCGGAUACUUUUCCAACGCAAAGCAUCAAGCAAAAUGCACCCGAAGAUGAGAACCACCAUUCCGAUAAUGAAGAAGAUUCAAACAGUAAAUCUACGACUCGUACGAGUAGUAAAGUAUUAAUCAAGACAUUAAUACAAAAACUAAAAGUCCUGUCGCAAGUAAGGAGUCCUCUAUCGAUGUACAGAGAACCCGAAUUGUACAAACUCUACAUCGAUUUGCUGCAGCACAAGGACUCGAACGUGCAAAAAUCCGCCUUAGAUUGCAUCUUCACCUACAAGCACAAAUUUCUGACGCCCUACAAACAGAACCUGUACAAUUUGAUCGACGAAAAGAACUUCAAGCACGAAAUACGGACGUUCCGAGUAGAUAAGGAAAGCAACGUUAUCCUUCCCGAACACCGAGAGGGGCUCCUGCCUAUUGUAUUGCAGAUAGUUUUCGGGAAAAUGAACGUGAAAACGGGCCUGAGGACGGGCGGGAAGUCGUCGGGGCAGAUGCGGAGGAGCGUGGUGUUUAGAUUCCUGGCCGAUUGCCAAGAGCACGAGUUGCUCGGCUUCCUGAAGAAAUUGCUCAGACUGUACAAUCCUUUUCUGCGCGACGAUCCCCUCGAAAUCGUUGACGGAGUUUACGAAAGCUGCAAAUUGGAGGGUUUUUUGCCUUUAAAGAGACUGUUAAGUACGCUGAAUUUGAUCGAAGUGAUUCUCGAACAGUGCGGAGGUUUGCUGGGAGAUGAAAUCUUGACUUAUAUAUUGAAAAUCAUUUUCGUAAUCGGGUCUUCUGUAAAAUUCGCUUUUGACCACAUCGCCGAAGUCCACUCGGGUUAUUCACCAUUACUGCGUACUCUCCGAGGAUCCUGCUUGAAGCUGAUCGAAAGAUUCUUCAAUCAUUUCUACAAGUACUCGUGGAGCAGCCAGCAGAUUAACGCGAUAUUCUCCGCGUUCGUUUGGCCUUAUUUAAAGAAAUUAAACACCGAGGGCAUCCACAGCCCAACGCACUUGUUGAAAUUGUUCGUACAAUGGGGCUCCAACCCGAGAUAUUUCCCGCUGUUAGUUAAAUGCAAAGAGGACGAUAAAACUACUUACGUUUUGCCUUACGUAUUGGAUUUGUUGAUCAACGAAAAGUGCCAUAUUUCCGUUAGUAACAUCGUAGAAGAAAUGCUGGAGAAGUUGUUGAAUCUCCAGCCGGACGAAGAAGAUUCGAAGAAUCCCAUACCGGUGGAUAAUGUAUUAGAAAUUGGUGUGGAUGAUACAAUCGAAUUGAACUUCGGUAGUAAAAUAUUACUCCCGCACGUUCCCGCUGUGUUGACCAAAAUAGAGCGAAAGCUCUGUUCGAAAUCCAAAAAUUUGAACCAAAAAGAGCUGUUUAUUUUAUCGAGAAUCUCCGAAUUGGUAACGGACCGCCUCCACAGCGAUACGAUUCUCAACCUGCUCCUGCCCCUAGUAGUGAAAAAAUGCAGGCGAAACCUACCGGAAGAAGUCACGUUAAGAUACAUCAACAGCAUAUUCAAUUUGAUUAAAAACGUCGACUCGCCUCGCGCGCAUUUGAAGCAACUCUCGCCCCUAUUCGGCGAGGUAUCCAAUUCCUCGGCGAGGAAAAUCCUGUGCCGGAUCCUCGACGUGAUCGCCACAGACGAAGAACUCAAAACCACAGCAGCAUUAAUCACCGAACUGAACGCCUUCGAUAAGAAAUGGAUCGAUCAGCCGGACUUCGAGCGGCGCCACGACGCUUUCAAGACCCUAACGCAAUACAUCAACGAAGAUAAACUGUCUCUAACGCUCGGUAUCAUCGCUAUACACAAUUGCAGCUUCUUCAUACACCACGAGAACGAUCUAUCGGCGAAAGAGAACAGCUCGCACGCGCUCAAAGCGCUCGCCUCGCAUUUGAUACUGAAAUACGCGAAGCAGAGCGAUUACAUCGUGAACGAGACGCUGUUCGGGCUGAUUCGCAACGGCAUGAAGAGCCCCAAAGACGAUAUCAGGAACGAGUACAUCUCGUUGCUGGGCCAUCUGGCGAGAGAAUGCCCCCAAUCGCAUUUCGUGCUCAGAGAUCUGAACAAGUACACCAACAAAGCGGAUUUGGAGGUGGAUUUCUUCGAGAAUUUGGUGCACCUGCAGCUGCACAGGCACGGCAGGGCCCUGUUGAAGUUCUGCCAAAUCACCAGAGAGCUCACCGAAGCGCUCAAUCCGAGGACUCUCACGCAGUUCGUGCUGCCGCUGGCGUCGCAUUACCUUUGCAAGGAGAGGUAUUCGAAUAAGAACAGCGUGAUCGAUGGCGCGGUGGAGACCAUCGGCGUGGCCUGCAGGAUCCUGCCCUGGUACCAGUACGAAGGGUUGCUGCGGUACUAUCUGUCGAAGCUCGGCAGCAAAUUGGACUUCCAAAAGCAGCUGGUUAAGGUUAUCGUGGCCGUUUUGGACGCGUUCCAUUUCGAUUUGAAGAACGCCCACCCGGUCGAGGUGCAGAAGAAGAACGCCGAUGAAGAAAAUGCAGUUGUAAAUGAAGCAAACGAUGAGGAACGUGCAAUUUUAAAUGCAGAUGUCGUGGAAGAAGCUGCAAAUGGCGAGGAAGAUGAUGAGGAAUUAGAUUUGGAUAAUUUCGUUGGAAAUCAAAACGAUACGGAAGAUAUCGAAGAUGUAGAAGUUGCCGAUGAUAAAGUCCUAAUAGUCGAUAAAGUGUCUUUGCUGUGCAAGUCUACGGCGACUAGAGUAGUGAAAGCUUUGCAUCUGGUAUUGAUACCGAAACUACACAAAUCUUUAGCCGAAUUGACUCAUUACGAUACGUCGCAUAAAGUGAAUAGGAGAAAAAUGCACCACGAAAACGAAGACGAGGACUUACUGCGUAUACCCAUCUCCUUGGCUCUGGUGAAACUGUUGCAGAAAUUGCCAGAGAAUAUUUUACAAAGUAGCCUUCCGGGGAUAUUCAUGAAGAUUUGCACGUUUUUGAAGUCUCGCCUGGACAGCGUGCGAAAGGUAGCCAGAGAAACGCUGCAAAAAAUCAUGCUGACUUUAGGCCCCAAAUAUUUGGCUUCCUUGCUAGAGGAAAUGUCCCCUCUAUUGGGACGAGGCUAUCAAGUACACGUUUUAGUGUUUACCAUCCACGGCGUGCUCCAUUGCUUGAAGGACGUUUACCAAUCGGGCGAUUUGGAUCGAGUGCUACUGACAGUUUUGAAAUUCUGCAUAUCCGACAUUUUCGGCGCUCUAUCGGAGGAAAAAGAAGUGGCCAAAAUAGCUGUAAAAGUAUCCGAAGCGCGACAUUCGAAAUCCAACGAUACUCUGCAGAUAUUAGCCCAGUACAUAACCGAAUCGUGCCUGCUCGAUCUGAUCCUGCCGAUCAAGCGCGUUUUGGAGUCGUCGUGCUCCUUCAAAACCGCCCAGAAAGCGCAGGAGUCUCUGCGUUACAUCGCCUCGGGCCUGGUGGACAAUUCGUUCGUUUCCACCGAGUCUUUGUUGAAAUUCGCCUACGGGUCUUCUUCGGAAGGUAUACCGCAGCUCAUACCCCAGGAGAAGCCUAAAAAAUCCGACAAGGAGAUCGAGAUGGAGAAGCGCGGAAAGGAAGAUUGUUUUAUAAUACCUAAAGUAUCGGGCAACAGGAACACUUACAGACUGCAAAACGUUAAGAAUUCCAGUAAAGCUAAUGCGCAUUUAUUAGUGGAGUUCGGUUUGAGAUUGUGCUUUACGAUGCUGAAGAGGGAGAAGGUUAAAGAUGAUGUUUAUAAACCCUUCGUUGAUCCUUUUGUGGAAGUAUUUAAAAAGUGCUUGAAAGCGAAACAUGUUAAGUUGUGUACUUUGACUCUCCAAUGCCUCGCUUGGGUUUUCAAAAUGGACUUGCCUUCAUUGAGGUCGAGUAUAAAGCUUAUUACGAAAGAUAUAUUCGCUAUUCUCCAUAAAUACGCCUCGGCUGGGCUCAGUAAAGGGGAUAAUUUCGAUUUGGUCGUUUCUGCAUUUAAGGCAAUGUCGAUUCUAGUGAGAGAUGUAAAUUACUACAACAUCGAUUCCAAUCAAUCGAAAAUCCUGCUGCUCUACGUCGAGCAGGACAUCCACAAUUACGAAAGGCAAGCGACCGCCUUCAAUUUGCUAAAAUCGAUAUUAUCGAAGAAAAUCAACGCGCCCGAAUUGGCCGAAGUGAUGGAUAAAGUGGCCGAAUUGAGCGUAAUGUCGGAGGUGGAUCACGUCAGGAUGCAAUCGAGGAACGUUUUUCACCAAUACUUGAUGGACUAUCCGAUGGGGAACGAUUUGGAGAAACACUUGAGCUUCUAUUUGUCCCAGUUGAGCUACGAGAUGAGGUUCGGCAGGGAAUCGGCCAUCGAAAUGAUCUCUACACUAAUUAACAGCUUCCCUUUGGUUGUGUUGAAAGCUCAAAGCGCUACUAUGUUUAUAACAUUAGGCGUCCGUUUGGUGAACGAUGAAGAACCCGAUUGCAGGAAAAGGAUCGCAGAAUGUUUAUUAGCGCUGCUAAAAAAGCUACCUAAAGCUGACAGGGAUCCAUUGUACGAUAUCACAUUGACGUGGUUGAAGGAUAAAAAUAUAAACCACAGAAGACUAGCGGCGCAAAUCUGCGGUAUAUUCGUAACCACCGAAAAAUCCUUAUUCGAAACCAGACUCCCGCCGCUUUUACCAUUACUGUUAACCCAAUUCGGCAUCGACAAUUCUCCAGGGAAAUUACUGCUCGUAAAAUCCAAAGAGGAACACUCCCUGACCGAGGAACAGCAGCGCACGAAAGACCACCACCUGUUCCAAGCGCUGCAGCUGCUGCUGAAGCUCUGCCUGCACUGCCCGGCGGUGUUGAAGGAGCGAGAGCUGGUGGAAAAUUUGGCGGUGCGCGUCCAAUCGCUGCUCGCCUAUCCGCACGAUUGGGUGCGAUUGAGCGCCGCCCAAUUCCUGGGCUACGUCUUGCAUUCCAUCGACGCGGAUCGUCUGUCGAAUUUGAUCGUUUCGAACGAGGAAUCCGAGGGAUAUCUCGCCAGGGAUCCCGUCAACGCGGUUAAAUCGUUGACACUAGAUUUAUGCGAUCAGCUGCAAUUUGUCGAUAUCAAGAGCGAUUUGGCCGAGCAAGUGGUGAAGAACUUGGUUUUCAUAGCGAAAGUGCUACAAAACGUCCCGGUGGCCGAAAACAAACCGAACCUCCUGUGGUUAACCAAACGAAUGAGAAAAAUCGUAAAUACCGAAAUAGUCGAAAACGCUUCCAGUAUUGUACUGAGAACCGAAGUGUUCAAAUGGAUCGCGGGAGUUUCAGUCACAUUAGACUUGGAAAACAUCCUUCCGGUAGCCCAUCAUUUGCUGGCGCCUCUGGUGAGGGAACUCGGGACUACCGAGGAGAAGAACGCCCCGUUGCGUCAUUUGGCCAAGGAGGUGGCUAAUUUGGUAAAGGAGAAGAUCGGGGCCGAUGUGUACUCGGAGGUUUUGCUCAAACAGCAACAGCAUUUGUCCGUUAAACGGGCCGAAAGGAAACGCACUCGUACCCAGCUGUCGGUUACCGAUCCGGAGAGUUACGCCAAAAGGAAAAUCAAAAGGCACGAGAAGAAAAAAGAGGCCAAAAAGAGGAAAAUCGAGUCGUUGAAAGGGACGAAGAGGAUUUUCAAGAAGAGAAAAACUAUAGACUUGGAAGAUAAUUAGUUAUCAAUAUCUAAGACUGUAUAGGUAUAUUUAUUUUUAGAUGCUGGAGUUUAUGUAUAUAUUGUA